AAAAAAUGAUUCUUGCCAGUAAUUGAUAUUAAGCAAACAAUCCAAAUAUAAUAUAUUUGAAAAAAUGUCAAAUAAAUUUUAUCUUUCUGAAGUGCUCUUACACUACAUGAAUGUUAUGUAUUUAAGAGCAACCUGAUCAAUUUACAUAAAACAUACUUAAUUGGUUACAAUAAGGCGCUGUGUGAUGUGUUGCGCAUGCGCCUUGAUUAACUGAACUUCCGGUGGUGCCAGACGACAUGUGGACGACGGCGCGUUUCUGAUUCAGUAGCAAGGAACAUAUUUGAAUUAUUCCUACAAGGUAAGAUAUUUUAUAUAUCUAUAAAUGAUUCGACUUUAUUAUUAUUUAUUACUGGUAAUCAUUUAAUCGAUGCUUGAUGUAAUUAAACUGUAACGUUAUAUUUUUCGGAUUCCCCAUUUUAAAACGAGUAACUGUUAAGUAAACUCUUUUUUUCAAGACGUAAUGUUACUGUCGAUUGACUGUCUAUUACAGUAUUUAUGUAUCUAGGCAGGUACGCAUAUAUGAUUAAAAAAUGUAUAACUUACUAAACAUUUAAGCUUCGUUGUAUCGAUGUUUUUUUGCAUUAUGCCAAAACAUUGCACACACGAAACGCAGUAAAACGAUCGUAUAAAAGAGUUGAAUGUAUUUGAAAGUAUAUACCAUAUCUUGUUGAAACAAAUCUCUUAUAAAAUACUUUAAGAUGUACAGUCCGCUGUGUGCUUCGUUUUAACAAAUUCCAGAGGUUGCGUUAGACUUCUAUGGUCAUAAAAGUUCCGUCAUAAUUACUUUAACUAACCCUUUAUUUUCAUUUUCAUAUCAAGUCGUUUGACUGAUCCUUAAUGACACAGAAGUACCGCGAGAGCGAUUUGAGAGUUGUGCUCUUUUACAGCUGUCUCGCGGUACUUGACGUCAUAAGAUGAUGGUUCUGCGCAUCGCUGGUUAACGCCACCACUGAGCUUUGUCAUCUCGACGUACUUGUUAGAAAUAUCCUUUGCACGUAUUCAGAACUUUUCUGAAGGACGUAAUUGAGCGCAUUCGCGUUAUCUGCAUGCAAACAUGUUCAGGAUUUUGCGUUUAAACAAGUCCUUGAAGUGGGGAAUCCACGACUCCAUUAAGUGAAACAUGCGUUCUUUUAAUGCUGUGUACAAGAAAUCUAAUAUGUCGUUUUACUAUUGCAGAGACCCCAUUAGUGUCAUUUUUCCAGCAUAUUUUGACGACGUUUGGGACAAUCACUUACUUAAGAUACCCCCUUAGUGUCAUUAUUCCAGCAUAUUUUGACUACGUUUGGGACAAUCACUCACUUAAGAGACCUCAUUAGUGACAACCAGCACAUUUUGACUCAACAUUGGAGGACGUCGAAUGGUUACUCUGAAGAGGCACAUCCUCAUAUAAGAUAACGAGAAAACAUGUCAAGUCCGGUCAAUCUGAGGAUUGUUGUUGGUGGGGAUGGUGAUGCAAGAAAACUUACACUUAAGAAUGGGAUACCAACAUCUCUGAAAGAGCUUGUCCAUGAGAUAAUGACUUUUUUUGGGAUUAAGCAGAAGUUCAGGCUUCAGUUCAAAGAUAAGGACUUUGGAAAUGAAUAUAUGAAUCUCAUGUCUACCAGUGAAAUUGAAGAUAAGGAUACCCUUAAACUGAUUUUUCUAUCAACUGAUGACUCUAAUAACAGCAUGCAAGAACCUGAGCCUGAUGCACCUUCCUGUUCUACCAUUCAUGUUCCUUCACCCAGUUCAUCAUGUUCCUCUGAUACUGCUGACAUGAGAGAUGCUAGCCUUUGUGCUAUGGACUCAGUCGAAGAAGUCAACUUGUCUGAUGACUCGGUUUGCAGCAAUGCUGAGACUGUCAUGGUCACGUCUCCUGAGUCUAGAACCAGUUCUUGGCCUCAGGUUUUUGUAGUUCCUCGUUUUUCAUGUUCUGCUGAAAUUCAGCUUCAGAGAGCUGGUACAGAGUUCAGCAGUAGCGGAAUGCUACUUAUUCCACCACCAAAACUAAGAUCGGACAUUCUUGAAGCAAUGGCUGAGGAGGUCUUUAGGUAUGCCGCAUAUCCCACUGAUAGUCAGCUUGAUCAGGCAGCUGAAGCCCUGAUAACUGCCCACCCUUGUUUAAGGGAAAAAGGAACUCGCACUGGCCGAGAAGGAUGGAAACACUACCUCAAGAUAAAGAUGGCUAACUUUCGUUCAAAACUCAGCAAGAUUGGACACCCUGAAAUUACAGUGAAUUCUCUUAAGAACAAGCGUAAAGGUCAGGGUAAAGCAGCAUCAAAUAUCAAAAAGCCAAGAAAAGCUGAGGUAAACUUCCUUCCUUGCCUUCCAAAAGGAGAAACAGCAGAGAGUAUGGAGAGGGAAAAGUAA